AAAAAAAAGAAAAAAACAUCACCGCCGGUAAAAAAAUUCCGACGAUCUCCAAAAGAGUCGAAAAAAUCUUUUAAGUUUCUGGGGGAAAGAGAGAAACGAUAUCGUUUUGAGAGUGCACCGAAUCAAUGGUAUUACGCGGCGAGAUGACGACGAGACCGGAGCGACCAAAGACUCUCCAUAACUUCUCUCUCCCGAGCUUGAAGUGGGGGAGUCAGCGACACCUCACCUGCUCGAAGAUCGAAUCCACCACGAGCAUCGGUGGUGGUUCCGGCGAUCACCGACUCCGACGCCGAUCUCCGCCUCUGAAACUCUCUGGCUCCUCCGAUCACCGGAGAAACAACAACGGAAGCCAGCAUCGCCGGUGGAGGAACGCGGCGUUUGAUAACGGCGGCGAGGAGGAGGAAGGGGAAGAAGGGAUCGAGGAGUUCAGGGUGAAGAUCAUGUCGGAUCUGAAGACGGUUAGGGAUAAGAUGACGCAAUCGAUGUAUGCUCUCGGGGAGGAGCAAGAGGACGAAGAAGAAGAGCGGAAGACCGAGAAAGAGGUUUCUCCGGUGAAGCCGUGGAAUCUGAGGAAACGAAGAGCAGCAGCAGCGUGCAAGGAACCAACUACUGAGGAGAGGAUGGUGAAUCCGUCGCCGACGAGGGUGGUCAAGGAACGAGCCGAGACGACGACGGCGAAAGAUACCACGAGGCCUAAGUUCUCCGUCAAGUUGUCGAAGAAGGAGAUCGAGGAGGAUUUCAUGGCGGUUGUGGGUCACCGACCACCGCGCCGACCCAAGAAACGGACAAGGACCGUUCAGAAGAAACUCGAUAGCUUGCAUCCUGCGUUUUAUUUGACUGAAGUGACGCUUGAUGAUUAUAAGGUGGAAGAAGAAACCAAGAGAUGAUGAUGAAUUGAUGAUUGUGUAAUCCAGUUGCCGUUGAAGUUUCAUAGAGUUGUCAAAUAUUUGAAACUGGGUCAAGUCUGGAAGCUGCUUUUCCUUUUCUCACUGAUUCUUUCUUCUCAAGUUGUUCUGAAUAAACUGUACAAAAAAGCUAUGGAGAAACGUGUAGGUUCAUGUUGAUUAAUACAUAAUAAAGUUUAAUUUCACCCAAAAAAAAAACAACAACAAAGCUUUCUUCUUUCCAUUUCUUCAGAAUGUUAAAAUGUAGUACAAAAGAUGUUUUAUAAUGUUGUCAAGGAAGUUUCGCUCCAGAUCUAAGAUUUAUCACAUGCUUGCUUCAUCUAUCGCUUAGCAUCUUCUAUUAUGCUCUUAGUGAGAAACAUUGAUGCACCGACAGAUGAAACAUAAAUGUUUUGUGAAAUUAUGUCAAGAAAAAGGCUUUUCACUUUCAUCUACUCUCUGCUACCAG